AUGGCACCGGGCAUCGGCCUCCUUCUAGUCUACCACGUGCUGGCAGUUUUCGCUCAGCCUAUCCUGGCGGAGCCUUGGGUUGUGCCACAAGUGCCGUCAGAGCCGUCGGGCUACCAAGAGCAAGUCCCGAAGUCGCUUCCUCCGGCUGAAAAUGCUGCAUGGGGGCCUUCGGAAGAGCAGCGAUGGCGGCAGCAGCAAACCGCCCUACAGUCGAGCCGGCGAUCGCUCUCCGAACUUCAGCAGGUUCUUGGCGCGCCAGCGCCGCAGGACCCCUCAGCGGUCCGCGCGCUGUCGAUCGUCCACAGCCUGGCUGCACAGCAGCGGUUUCGGCAGGCCAAGGCUGCUCUGGUAGCCGCAAGGCCUUUACUGGAUGAAGCGGUGCUGCACCAGGAGGUAAACCUUCUGCGCUUCGAGAUGGGUGAGGCCCCACCUUUUCUGACCAACCGGGAAGCAGCCGACGAGUGGCUCGCUGCUCGCAUUCCCGUGGAGGAAGCUCGAGCUACUGUUCGGCCUGACGGUACGUUGCAGACGCAGGCCAAGCUCACAUCCACGGGCAGGUUGAAGCAGAUGACUUCCGACCAGCUUGCCAUGGCCUUGGAUUUUGCAGAAAGGCUUGGGGACUCCCGGAUGACGAGACGGCCCCUGGCUGAUGAGCCCGUCUUUGCCCAUUUCUCUUCCGGCAGACGUCUCGAAGGCGAGAGCCCACUGAGUCCACGCCGGCGAAGUCCGGUGCUGGCGGAGAUGGGUUCUGAGGAGCCCUUGGCACGCAGCAACGCGGCCAGGGGCCCGAAGAGGAACCUCGUCCUCGUACAGGUGCUGGCGCUCACGCUUGGCUGCUUCGUGCUUGUGAUCGCCUGCGGACGACUCCGUUAUGCCGGUUUUUUGGUACGGCCGAGCUGGAUGUCGAUCCCUGCAAGCCAAGCGGCUGAAGGCAGCGACAGCACAGCCGCCUGGGUUUCUAGCAAGGACUGGAUCGAGGACGAGACGCUGAAGCUGCCGCUUCCCGAGAGCAACAGCGAUUCAGAAGUGAUGAAGGACUGGCACGACGAGGAGCUCAUGAAACCCGAAGAAGGGAGAGCCAUCGAGCAUGCGAUCUACACACCCGACGGCAGCCCUGUUCACAGAUUUGCACCUGUGGGCCUCUUGGUAACUCCUAUGCAGCUACCACAGCUCUUCCAAGCCACCGGCGUGCAGCUGCCAAACGGACAGGUGCAGGGUGCGAUGUUGCUUCCUGUCCCUGGUGCAGGCCAGCCGCAAAUUCUUCCGGCGGCGCCAUACUGCAUGGGGACAGUGAUUCCUGCCCCUCGUGUCCAAGACGCUCCUUGCAUGUCGAUCGCACAGGUUGCGGAGCCGGUUCCAGAGGAGGAGCCGACUCGACAGUUCGCGAAGGUGGAGGAGGAUCUCAGCGAGGCCCAGGAGCAGAUUCCGGUGGUUGCAGACCAAGUCCCCGAGGAGCCUCCCAGUCUUCCCUGGGGCUUCGUCAACGGAGUCGGCCGCUGGGCGGACGCCGAGGAGUCUUCGGGGAAUUCCGAGGCCGAGGGCCCGACAAGACCAGCAGCCUGCGCUUCUCCGGAUCUACCGGCGGAGGACCACGACAGGCAGCUCACGGCCUAUAGCCAUGAGCCACCGAGGGCUCCCUUGCAGGACUCCGACAGGCAAGUGUCCGUGAGCAGCCACGGCGAUGCCGUGGCAUCCGUCCUGCAGGAUGCAGAUCGUCGCAAGCGGAAGAAAGCCGGACGCCGCAAGAAGGAGGCUCCAAAAGUGCCGGCAAGGAAGGAGGAGGCUACUCCUCCGGCAUCGCAAGCAUCGGAGGAGCCCAAGCGUGUGAUCCGACUCGAGGAGCUGCUGGGUUUGCAUCUCAAGCCGACCGACGCGAGAAAAGACCCAGGACCGCCUGCAGCGGCCGGAGAUGUCGCCCCAGCAGUGCUGUCGCGACAGACGUCCCAGGACACAGACACAGCGAGGCCAGUUGCAGCAGACGAACAUGAUGCUGCAGCUGGGAACCCGAUGACCUCGAGCCAGAAGCCUCGACGCCGCCCUAAGCCUCAGGCAGCCUUGGCGAGCGCGCCGCCUCCACGAAGUGGUCGCCAGUGGCGCGCGGGCCAACGCCAUGUCGCAGCCGAGGAGGGCCCCCAGAUUGGAUUGUGA